AUGGCAGCGUCAGUUAAACAAUCAGGUAUUCUUCCGUCGUAUGACGAAGCAGUCGGACAAGGUUCGUCUACCGGUGCUUCUCGGCAUCAAGAGGCAUCAAAUGAUGAACCAAAUGAUGAACCAAAUGACGAAUCAAAUGAUGCGUCCAAUGAUAUACCAAAUAAUGCCACCAAUUCCACCACUACCAGUAGCUGCAAUACCGGUACUGAUAUCGACCAGCUUCCCUGGACGUAUCCUCCAUGGUAUUACUGUAGAAGGUGCGGGAACACCGGUGUAGAGACCAGGACGCAACGCAGGUGUAGAACAUGUUGGUCAAGAUUCAAUAGAAGGCAGUUUCCAGCAAGACGUGGUCUUAUACUCACAGUUGUGCUCUUAGGUGUAGCUGUAGUAAAGCAUUUGGGUAAACAUGUCAGCAAUGCCAGCCAUGCCAGCCAUGCCGCCCAUGCAACGGAUUAG